AGGCUGGCAUACGCCUAACAAGCCAACAUGGCAACUCUAGAAAUAACCAGUGAAUAACUUACUCAGUCGGCCCCGACGUGCCCGUCUGGCUGCCUAGCUGCUCGUAGUAUCAUAGUAUGUAUUCAGGCUGAAUAAGAAUUAGUUGGUGUUGCAGGCGGGGCCUUAAGGACCUGAACAACUCAAACAAUGCCCCUUGAUGAACUGGUCACCAUUGCGACCUUUGUUAUGUGGGGUACUAUCUAUGGCUACAAGCAGGUUGCUCAGAGCGCCAAGCAGCGGCGUGAAAUGGCAGCGAAGGGCGCGCGGUUGCAAACUGGGUCCCAGGAUGACGGUGCUUUGGGUGUGUAUGGCGAGGUGUUCCGGCGUCGGGAGCCGGAUGCUCCGGGGCAGGCGGGGCUUGCGGGUCUGGUGGCGCUGGGGACGGACGACAGCGCGCCGCUACUGUUCCAGCGCAACACCGGCGGCCCCCCGCUGGGCCUCAAGGAGCUGGCCUCAGCGCGGCGCCUCUCAGCUGCCACCGUGGCCUCCAGCACGCACCUGGCGCUGGGGCUGCUGGGCGCCAUGUACGGCUGCACGCAGGGGACGACGCGCAAGCCUAGCGGCAGCGACGAGGCCGGCAGGGAGGCAGCUGUGUGGGCGCCCGGCCUUGUGGUGCGGCAUCGGCGUGGCGGCAGUGUGGGUCUGGGCCUGGGCGCUCUGGCGCUGUCCGCCUGUGGCAGCAGCAGCUGUGCUACCCUGGACACACUGGCGCGCUGCUCCUCCUCCGCCAACUCCUCCGCUGCCAGCACUGGGGGUGACGCCAGUGCUGGGGGCCCGGGCAGCGAGGGCCCAGGCAUGGAGCCGUGCGCUGGCUCUCUGGCUGGCGGCAGCUGCAGCGGCCAGGAGGACCGGGAGGACCGGGAGGAGGAGGAGGAAGAGGAGCGGGAGCUGACCGCCCAGGAGCAGCAGCUGGCUGAGCUGCGGGGCCUGGCCUCCUCGCUAUUCGCGCUCAUGACCACCAACCUGGUGUUCUGCAGCAGGGAGGCGGGGGCGGAGGAGGCAGAGGCGGGGGAGGAGGCGGACCAAGACGACGUGGAGGCAGCGGCAGGGUGUCCCUGCUGCAGCGCGAGCACUGGGUCGGCCUACUCGCCCGGCCCCUCCUCCGCAGCGGCGGCCGGCACCUGCUCCUCAGCCACCUCGCCCGGGGCCGCCUGCAGCCCCUGGGCGGCGGCGGCGGCGGCGGGCGCUGACGCAGUGGCGUCCUGCCCCAUGGCGCCACGUGGCUUUGACCUGCUGCGGGUGCGCAGCAACAUGUCGUACGCGCUGGGCGCGGCGGCGCAGGACCCUGGCGGCGCCAGCAGUGACAGCGAGGACGACGGCGGGUGUGGCGACGCAUGCGAGCGUGCGGGCAGCUGGGGUGGCGCAGGGGCAGGCGCCGGUCAGGGCCGGGUGGGCCGGCGGCGCUCUGGGCGCUGUGAAGGCGUGUAUCUGCCGGCCUGGAGCAGCCUGUCCUUGCUGGCGGGGGCGGCGUCACCCGGCGGGGCAGCGGCUGAGCAGGAGCAGCUCGAGGCGACUGUUGCGGCCGGGUCGCCGCCGUCGGAGCCGCAGUCUGUGGAGCAGGCAGGGCCGGGGUCGGCACCGCGGCGGGUUCUGCUGGCGGCCGCGGAGGCGCUUGAGCCCGUCCUGGAGUCGCCGCAGGAGGAGAAUGAGGAGGUGGAGGGGCAGCAGCUGGAGUGUGCGGGCCGCGCGGGGCACCCCCACCCCCACCCCCAAGUGGAACUGCCCGAGGUGGCAGGACAGCACCCACUUGCCGCAGCUGCUGGGCCACACCCAGUCCAGGCAACUGCGGUGCCGCUGUCACCGGUCCCAGCCUCUCACUGCCUUGCCGCUACUGAUGCGGAAGCAGUGGAGUCGGCAAUGACAUCCUGUCACGGUGACACCUCAUUGUGUGACCCAGCGCCGCGUGCUAACACGUCAUCGCCGUUCGCCGCGUGCUGCCAGCAGCCGGCAGCAAAUAUGCUUGUGGAGACUCCUCACACCACGAGAGGUGCGAGCGCAGGUUCCUGUGGGCCCCAAGCUGACGCGGUGAUCACGGCAGCAGUCAGUGCUGUUGAUGCUGCUGCCGCGCCCGCCCCCUGCAUGCCGGCGGCUGGCAGAUCCCUUGCGGCACCCAACAGCCGAGCCACGCGGCACCUGCACACACCCACGACUGCCAAGAGCCGUACCGCUACGCGCGCUGGCAGUGCGGUCACCCCUGUGGCCAGCCCCACCUCAGCUCCUGCACCGCUGUUGUCCUCCCGGUCCGCCGGUACCCUCCGAAGCUAUGGCCUUGUAGGUGCCGGUGGAAGAGCAGCUGCAGUAGUUUGGGGCGCUCCUGCCUUGUCUCCUGCCUCUACCUGCUCGGUGCACAGCCCCAGCCCCAGCGCCCUCACGUCCCCCGCGGCCCAGCUCCACACACCAAGCAAGCCCUUGCCGGCCGCCGCACGCCAUGUGCCGGCCGCAUCCGGCAGUGGUAGCACGGCGGGCCCCCAGCUGCGGCGGCAGUCCAGCACCGGAAGCAGCUGCAGCAGCCACAGCUGCAGCAGCGUCAGUGUCAGCGCGGCGGGCGCCACACCGCGUCAACAGCGCCAGGCAGCGUUCGCGGCUGUCGCAGCUGCCGCCGAGGCCUCUCUGAGUCUGAGCCGGCGGCGGCAAGCGCGAGAGCAGCAGGCAGCUGAGGCCGCAGCCGCCUCACCUAUCCCUAGCGGCGGGCGCAGCGGGGCAUGCGGGGGCCAGCAGCUGCCACUGGUUGGCGGCGCAAGCAAUCCCGCCCCGGCCGGCAGCCCCGGCCCCGGCCCGGGCCCCAGCCCCAGCUAUUUGCGCUCCACGGCCGCAUCAGCCGCCCGUGCCGCAGUCGGCAUGACGCCGCGGGCUGCUGCAGUGCACUACAGUGCCGCCGCCAGGCAGUGACGACUUGGGGCUGGGGCUGGUAGGGCGGAUUGUGUUUCGCCCGGGCGUCUCCCCUGGCUUAGCACCAGACAGCAGCUCGUCGACGUGCGGACCCAUCAUACUUUUGCAUGCUCUUGAGUGCUGUGCCGCAUCAGGGUGGUAUGUGGCCUGCUUCAAAAGUACAAUGUGCUGAGAGGGGCUGCCGGCCGGGGACAGGGACAGGCUUAGGGCUGGCACGUGUGGCCUUCGGCCGAGCGCCAGGGCUGCUUUUAGUGAACCGCUCCCGCAAACAUGGUGGUCUAAUGCGCGGUUGAACAUGAAACACACACUGUGCUGGCACUUCAGGCCUCAGUCCCUCGAAGGCUAUGUUCUGGCUUAAGUGCUUUACAUGAUGAAUGGAUAAGGUUCCAAGUACGCUCUUGCGGUUGCAUAAAGAUCUCGUCUUGGUGGGACAGGGGCAGUCGGUUGAGGGCCUGCAGGGGCUGCUGCUGGUUGGCGGGUUGGAUCGUGUUGCAAUAUAUAGUCCGCGUUGCGAGCGCGUGCGCUAGCGCGUAGCCGUACCGGUAGCCACAAUUGUUGGGUGAAUCAGGCUCGUGCAUGGACGGUGCGCCUUCCAUUUUAAGCACGUGUUUGUGUCGCAGUGGACAGGCGUUUGACAUGACAUUGACGUAUAUCAAGCAAUUGGUCCUGGACUGGAUUGCUAAGGGGUGCACGGCCAGGUGUGUUGGCUGGGUCGGAUUGUAGUCGGAGAGCCUCCAGUCGCGGGUGCCUGCGGGCAGGCACAGGCGAGUGAAGCUGGGGAGGGGUUUCGGACAUAAGGGGUGGUGCCAUGAGCUCGGCUAGGUUAGGCGCGCCCGCGCGGGAAUGCCGGCUCCAGUUAGCCAGGCGUGAGUUGUUUGGGAGCUCGAUUUACAAUGUGUAUCGCCAUAGUACAUAUGCAAUCAUGUUGGUGUCAAAAGUUCGCAGCCGGGGAAGAGCCCCCGACCCGGUCAGCGUGCGCAAGCGCAUGCAGAGAUGUUCACUAUAUGUACUUUAUCGGGUUAGUUUCGGGGUCUUGUUUUGGAUAAUAAAAUGCGUUGAUGAGCAUCUGUUCACGCGCGUCCCUGACGAAGGCCGGAUUAGAUGCUAUCCGAUGGGCGUGAAGGGCGGCAUCUGGACCCAGGCGCGCGAAAGAGAGGAGGUACAACAAGAGCGGGCGUUUGAUGCCGCGCGCGCAGCGCCGGCUUGGGAGCGGUUCGAGUCCUGAGCGGCGUGGGCGACAUCGUAGCUGUUGUGGGGAGGGCGCUGGUGGCAGUUGUGACUAGGUUGUCCCGGGAGCACCAGCAGCAGCAGGGGGUCGGGUGAUGAGGUGGGGCGCCGUGUAUGGAGGUGGCAUCCUGUAUGUUUAUCUGGGCGCUUCAUUGCGUCAAGCUAAUCGAGUUUUUCACAGGUUCCGGGCCGCCCUCACCCCGGUUAGUGCACGUGCUUGAGUGAUGUGCCGCGUUAGGGUGGGCCUGAUGGGCGCGUGGUUUCCAUGCUAAGUGGAUGACACGUGUUAAUUCAGCAGUACGUCAUUAUGGACAAAAUUACAGGACUCGAAAUGGCGCGGGCUGCUUGCGGGCUGCUGCUGGGCAAGGCAGUACUUCAGUCGGACACAAGGCCACUGGCGGUCUUAUUGCGUUGUGCUGUUGGUGGUGCAGAAGGCAAUUCCGGAGGUGUGCACAGACGCGGUUGUACCGCGGCGACACGACUUCAGGACACGCUUGAUGAGUUUUGUGCAGGAACUACAGUUCGUUAGUUGCGACCAUGGAGAGUAGCAGUGAUGUGCGGCUAGCUACAGCUCGGAGUAAAGCAUUGCAUCAGCACUCUGUAUGACCAACCAGGUGGUGACGUGUAACGUAGACGGCCAGGUAGUGACGUGUAGCGUAGACGGCGUGACGCAGUCUAAGCUACGGUACGGGGCAGAUUACAUGGAUUGAGUACUUGGAAGCCUCGCGAGGGCCCACACGGCCACACCUACCUGCAGCGCCAAUCGGCGAACAGGGCAACGGCUCUAAUGACCCCUGGCGCUGGUUCCUCACCAACCAAGCAGCAGCCCAAGCCGGACGGCAGCACGCCCAGAGGAGGCCAGAGCGUCUUCACCUCGCAGCAUUGGGAGGAGGCCACCUCUGCGGCUCGAAAGCUGCGCAAGUAGAGCACUAGUCAUAUGGCUUCACAGCU